CUCUACCUUUCUCCCCCCAACCAUCCAUACUCCCUAUUUUUCACGUAAACAAACAAGCAGAAAUGUCCACCAGCGUAGGCUUCUUGAGCACCAUCGCCCCCUCCGCAUGUCCCCUCCACGACCGCCGCUCCGGCGCUGCCCCGUGCCGCCGCGUCAUCCGGCCCCGUGUUUCCUGCCACAGCAACGGCAACGCCCCGCAGCCGCCACCGUCAUCGCUGCUGAUGGACCGGCGCGACGUGCUUUUCGCAUUAGGCGGGCUGACCGGCGGCGCCGCAGCAGCAGGCAAGUUGGCUCUGGCGGCGCCGGUCAUGCCCCCAGAUCUCACCAAGUGUCACGACGCCAAUUCCGCGGGGCUGGGCGACCACCUCAAAUGCUGCCCUCCUUAUACCAGCGCCGAAAUCACCGACUACACCUUCCCGGAUACGCCGCUCCGGGUGCGGCGUGCCGCCCAGGAGGUGAUUAAAGACAGCGAGUACAUGGAGAAGUACACGACGGCCGUGAGGCUAAUGAAGGGGAAGCCGCCCGACCAUCCCUGGAACUUCUACCAGCAGGCUCUAAUCCACUGCGCAUACUGCAACGAGGCCUACGACCAGGUGGGCUUCCUUAACCCUAGCGUCCCCAUCCAGGUCCACUUCAGCUGGUUAUUCCUCCCCUGGCACCGCUACUACCUCCACUUCUACGAGCGCAUCCUUGGCAAGCUCAUCGACGACGACACCUUCACUCUCCCCUUCUGGAACUUCGACUCCGACGACGGCAUGACGAUGCCGGAGAUCUUCACCGCCGACACGUCGUCACCUCUCUACAACGAAAACCGGGACACCUCCCACUAUUCGCCGGCCAUCCUCGACUACAAGUACAGCUACGGCAACACGGCGGGCAGCGGGGAGACGGGGGACGCUCUGGUGCUGUCCAACCUGUGCACCAUGAAGAAGACGUUCAAGCAGUCACUGCCGCUGGCGGAUCUCUUCAUGGGGGACCCGCUGCGGGCCGGGCAGGAGGCCGACGGUUCCAACGGGCCCGGGCAGCUGGAGAGCAUCCACAACGCCGUCCACAUGUGGGUGGGCACGCCAGAAUCUCCCCACAUUGACAUGGGCGACUUCUCCACUGCCGGCAAGGACUGCAUUUUCUUCAGCCUCCACGCCAACGUCGACCGCCUCUGGCACAUCUACCGAAACCUCCGUGGCAACAAGCUUGAGUUCAACGACCCGGACUGGCUCGACUCCACCUUCAUCUUCUACGAUGAGAACGAGCAGGUUGUCCGAGUCAAGGUGAGGGACUGCCUGAACCCGAACAACCUUAGGUACACGUACGAGGAAGUGCCGAUACCAUGGAUGAACAAACUCAACUGCGUGAAGACCACGGAGACCAAGGAGAAGACGAAGGCGGAGCUGUCUCUGGUGAGGGUGGGAGCGUUCGGGUCGGAGCCAAGGGAGCUGUCCAAGACGGCGCUCCGAGUGAUGGUAUCGAGGCCGAAGAAGAGCCGCAAGAAGGCAGAGAAGGAGGAUAAGGUGGAGGUGCUGCAGAUCAAGGACAUCGCGGUCGACACCGAUGGGCCGGCACGAUUCGACGUGUACAUCGCGGCGCCCUACGGCGACCUGGCCGGGCCCGACUACGGGGACUUUGCGGGGACGUUUGUGAGGCUGCCGCACAAGGGGAAGGGCAAGAAGAGGAAGGGCGCCCUCAAGCUGGGGAUUACCUCCCUUUUGGAAGACCUCGACGCCGAGGACGCCGAGAAGCUGGUGGUCACGCUGGUCCCUCGAAUCGGUGAGUUCACGAUUGGGGGCGUUGCGAUCAAGCUGCUGCAGACCGACAACCCCAGACUUGUCUAAAUCAUGAAAUAAUCUGUCGACCGAUAUCGCUGGAUUUCUGUUCCUUCCCUUGCACCGCGUGGCAUUUGAUCUAGGAGUGGUUUGUCUUUUGUCUCAACAGUUCGCAUUUGUUUGGCCCUCUGGUGCCGUAGCUAGUUGGUCACGAGCUGUCGUCGUCCUUGUAUGAAUAAUCCAUACAUUCAAUGUAUGCGUUGCUUGAGCUUCGUGUCUUGUCUUUGCUUUGCUUCUCUCCAGCGUAUGUAGUAAGCUACUUUAUGGCUACAAGAAUUCAGGAAAUGGAUGCCGUUAUGGGAACUAGGACUGUUCCUGGUUCUUGAUGA